AUGGUACGACUGGUUGUUCUGGACGACAAUGGCGAUCCAGACACCGCGACUGGCCCUCCAACCCCGCUACAACGACGACCAAAGGAGAGCAGUCCGCCGCUUGACGACAGGUCGAACCCAAACCUAGAGAAUGGGUUCUCUAAGGCGCUUUCGUGUUACCCCAUCGUCUCUCUCCUGGCAAGCUACCUGGACCUCAACACCCUCUCAGAGCUGUCAGCAACAUGUCGCCAAGUGCGCGCAAACCUGAUGCAGCACAGAAAACUGCUCAUCAACCAAACCCUCCGCUGCAUCAACGAGAACACCAAACCCGCUGAACGUCUAGGCAAUGCGUUACACGCUAGCCACGCCGUCUGCACAGCCUAUGGCCAAAACGGUGUCAAAAUCGGCCGCAUCACCAGCGGCAAAGUCGGCGCCUGCGCUCGAGACAUGGUCUCCGACUGUCGUGCGUGUGGCAAGAUUAUCUGCAGAAACUGUGUCGUCAAGGCACCCCCGACAACCCUCCUCAGUCUCCGCCACCGCCGCCUCUGCCGCACAUGCAUGAAAUCGCCCCUCGACGGCCUCACGACCGUCGUGCGCGCCGUCGGCGAAGACGGGACUCCCUCAAGGCGAGUAGUUUGCAACCCCCGCCUGCGCAGCUGCGGAGUCGUCCUGACGUUCUGUAGAGGAGACGUCGAACCCCCGAGUCUGUUCGACGAGACCCGUACGUAUUCGCGCGAGAAGUGUACUUGCGCGGAGAUUGUGUGGAUCUGUCAGCCCUGUGGGCAGACGAUGCGGACUGACGAUACGACGUACGUGAGGGGGUGGAAGUGGCGGACGAGGUACAGUCACUGCGGGGGCAUGGGAGCGGGAUUAGGCGAGGGAAACGAAGGCGUAGAAUGCGGCCGAACGCGAGACUGUCUCGCGGCGAGGAUGGUCGAGAAGGACGUCGAAUGCUGCGCGGAGGAACUCGCCGCCAUGCAAAUGGAGAUGGCCCAAGCCGAAGGUCAAGGUAGGCACUGGAACGGCUCGUCGUACUCCACGCAGGAAGUCGUUGGGAUCGGCGGCAAGGUCAAGACGAAAGUCAAGAAGAGAGUGCCCGUAGGUGCAAUCGUGAAGGAGUAUGAGGAUGAGCGGGUGUCGGAGCAGUUUCUGGGCCGCGAGCAGAGCGGUGCGAAUCGCAGCUGGUGUUCGUGGUGUUCGAGGGUGGUGGCGAGUAAGAAGGAUUUGGAUGGGGCGAUGAGGAGUACGGAUAGUAUUGCUUCGUCGAGCUCCGUCGGGUCGGUUUGA